AAACUGUGUUAUUUCCCACUCAUUCCCACGAUGACGAAAACAGCCGGUGACAAGGGUUGAAGAAAGGCUCCAUUCACGUGAAGGGCCCUCAUAUCAACGUCGUGGCCAGAUUAUAUGCUCGCAUCAUGCAGAUGGAGAAAGCGCGCUGGGUAUGCACCACCUGCAAAGCUCGCAAAAAGGCUUGCGACAAAGUUCUACCCAUAUGCAGCUACUGCAAAAAGCGUCAAUUGAACUGUAAAUACGAUGACGAUGAGGAGUCGUGCGCGGAGAUCAAACGAUGGACUGGGGCUGAUCGGUCUCAUAUUGGAGGCGGUACCUCGAUACUAUCAAAUGAAAGAUAUUCCCUCGCCAACGAGCGGGCAGCAGUGGACAGAAUUAUGCACGAGCAGGUCUGUCAAAUAAUACGUGUUACAGAUAUGUCUACUCUUGAAAUGAGUGAUCAAUAUUUCCGUGGCUUUCACAAGGUGCUGCCAAUUAUAUCGGCGGAUAUUUUGCAAGAUAGUUUGGUAAGAAGGGAUGGUAGUCUUCCGCCACCUGCCAGUCUGUCGCUUCUCAUUCUGUCAAUGUAUCUUGUAACAUUGAAUCCGUCGGAGAGCAAGAUGCCCACGAUGCUGUCGUAUUAUGUAACCGUCAAAACAUCUUUCAGCCACGUUCAAGCAUUGGAAAUAAGUUCGAUAUACAUGGUGCAAGCCGGUUUACUCAUUGCUGGAUACGAAUAUGCUUGUUCGCAGCCGGAUGCGGCAUAUCUUUCUCUGGGGGUUUCCGCACGGAUGUUUGCUCUCUGCAGCAGAAGACAAGCUCAGGGGACUGAGAACAGUAUGAAAACAUCAGUCGAGACGAAUGUUGCUUGGGGGAUCAUCAUUUUAGAAAGGUUGAUAUUAUGUGAGAUAGACGACGUACAUGAAAAGCUUAUAAAUGACUAUCCAAAAGUCGACUUUCAACUGCCAUCGGAACUUGAACCGAGAGACGCCUUUCGGUCAAUGUCUACUUCUUCCUCUCCGAAUGUCUACUCUCUAAGCAAUAUAUCCGCGAUAACAGGCGGAGGGAACUUUAGACAGCAAGCGAAAACAGUGGCAUUACUGGACGAAGUUCUUUCGGCGAUACGGACGUCAAGCGAAAAGGAAUCAAAACAAUCAGAUUUGACAGCCAUUGGUGCCAAACUCCAGGAUUUUCUGUCUGCUGGGCUGGCUGAGAACGGAUGGGCAUGGGGGGCAUCGUAUGGAGCGCUUGCAAUUAUUAUCAGAUCAUUAUUCCUACUCCAUCAAAACAUUCUGCGAAAUCUCCCCUCAGAAAGCAUCCACUCGAAAAGUUGGCAGAUGUCACGAGAUGCACUCAACAUGGCGACUCGAAUCAUGAUCGACACUUCUCACGACCACAUAGAUCAUGGGAUGCCACAUAAUGUCGACUCUAUCCCAUUAUGCGGCGGAUAUAACUUGCGAUGUGCGGUCGAGCAUAUUGAGACGAACUAUGACGUGGUAAAUAACAGUCGUUAUUCAGAUGAUCUACGAACAUUGGCGAAGCUCUGUGAUGCUUUUUAUACAAGAUGGAGACCAUUGGGGUGUAGAAGGGAUUGAUGCUAUAAUAUCAAGAUGUAUGCAGACAAAUGCCAGCUUCUACCUUGGAAAUUUGUCAUUAACCGAUUAUUUAACAUCCCGUAUUGGACUUGGAAGAAGAUUAUAAGAGAUCCUGCAAGGAUGUGUCUAAAGAGAUACCAAUUGAAGGAGAAAUUCAUUAUUAUAAUUGGUGUCAGCUUCUACAUUAUAUCAUGCAGAUGUCUUACGUGCCACGAAUCUAUUGUCAAGUAUACGUGAUGGAUUUAAAGUG